AUGGAGAUAAACGAAGGGUACAUUCAGAGUCCAUUCACCUGCACAGUCCACUCUCCUGCAUUUGUGUUAGAUGUCAGACGGAUCACAAUCUUCAUUCUUCUCAUUCGGCCGGAAUUAGAGGCGCUCCUCAACAUAGGGAGUCAUACUUUAACACAAAGCAACCAGAAUUCACUUUUACUAGGGAUGCUAUAUAACGAAGAGUUCGAGCUCCCCAAACCCGGAUCAAAAAUCACGUUUCAAGGCCAUAAAUGGUUUGUACUCAAAAAGAUCUAUAGCGGUGUAUUCUCACUUGUGUAUUUGCUUCGUGAUGCCACUGAUAAACGAAAGUUUUAUGCAAUGAAAGUGGAAAAACAGAAAGAUUGUGAAAGGCCGGUUCUAAAACUCGAUGUCGCAGUCCUAUCGCAAAUGCGCUCUGUCAUCGGUUUUCCAACAAUGUUUGUUGCUGGCAGGACAGACUCAUUCAAAUUUUGUGUAAUGCAGUUGGUGGGGCCUGACCUCAGGGCACUGAUGUGGGCCAUGCCCAAUAAAAAAUUUUCUCCUCCAACAGCGUUCCGAAUUGCACUUCAAACACUGGAUCGCUUAGAAAAGCUUCAUGAUGCAGGAUACUUGAACAGAGAUGUAAAAUCGCAGAAUUUUGCCGUUGGAAUAGGAGGAGAGUCCUCUGUAAUAUACAUGCUAGAUUUUGGAUUAACGAGGAAGUAUAGAAGUGCAGACGGAACAAGACUGAAACGCCGUGGAUGUGGACCAUGUGUUGGUACAUAUCCUUUCACACCAUUAGCAUCUGCAACAAUGAAGGAUCAGGCUCCUAAAGAUGACCUUGAGGGAUGGUUCUAUAUGAUUAUGGAAAUCUUUUUAGGAUGCCUGCCCUGGCACAACUCGAGAAUUAACCCUGACCAUGGCUUAACUCGGGAGUGGAAGCAGUUUGCUCGAGGUGCUUUUCGCAGUGAAAUGCUUUCAUCGCUUCCCUACGAGUUCUCACCAAUAUUUAGCAACAUUAUCAAUACGAGAUUCGAGGAAAGACCAAGGUAUCAAUUUAUACAACGAAUGUUGAUUGCGAGUGCAACCAGGCAAGGCAUAAAGCUUGACGUCCCAUAUGAUUGGCAGGUAAUUCCGGCUUUGGUGAAUCUCAUAAGAAAAUCCACAGAAUACGGCCCGCUGCCCGAUGAUACCGAAACAAUAACAGAACCCGAAGUCGAUAAAGAGCCAAUUGCAGCUUUUCAGUGAAAGUCACUCUUUUCUAAUGCGUCUUUCAAUUUCACAUGGAUACCUAGUAAAAUUGUAUCGCAAAUCCUCAAGCGAGUCUAUACAAAGCUAAUAAUUCGAUAAGAUUUCUCUAAUUGAGGUUUUCAUGUGUAUUUUUCAUUGCUAGUCGAAGUAUAAUACUUGCUACAC